GACAGCUGGUUGGCGGCGGGGGGGCUUGAAUAAUAAAAGAGAAUCAGAAAGAAAAAGAAAGAAAAGAAAAAAACAAUAAUAAAAAAAAAACAACAACAACAAAAAGGAUCGAGAAGAAGAAGAAGAAGAAGAAAGGGAUUCGGGAAAAAGGGAUUUCAAUUCUGCAACCAAAGAAAAACGGCGCCAGCGAGGUAGGAGACUAAUAUAUAUAUGUGGCUAUAACAGGACAGAGGAGGCGAUAUAGGAAAGGAGGCAAGGAAAAAGGCAACAAAACAAUUCAACUUUUGGACGCGCGGACUUGUGGACAUCACCGCGCCGGACCAGAUAGAUGGUUCGUCCGCAGCGCUGCCCGGACCAUGAACGCACAACUGUCGAUGGAUAUUGGCGACCUGCACGGAAUGAGCCAUGAGUCCGUGGGUCACGGGGAGCUGCUGAGUGGCCACAGUCCGCAUGCCCGCCCGAGCCCCCGGGGUCUCGGCCACCGCGCCAUGGGCAUGGCCACCCUGCUGGACGGCGGAGACUAUCACCCGGGUCACCACGGACACCUGCAUCCAGCCAUCGGCAUGUGCGAAGCCCCCCCGGGCAUGAGCGCGAGCAGCACUUACACCACCCUCACCCCGCUGCAGUCCUUACCCCCCAUCUCCACCGUGUCCGAUAAGUUCCCCCCCCAUCACCACCACCACCACCAUGCCCACCAUCCUCACCAUCAUCCCCACCAGAGGAUCCCCGGGAACGUCAACGGGAGCUUCACGUUGAUGCGCGAGGACCGGAGCCUGGCGCCGAUGAACAGUCUGUACCCCGCGUAUCACCACAAAGACCCGUGCAUGGGCCAGAGCCUCUCCCCGCUGUCCGGCUCCGGUCUGGCCGGCAUACACACGUCCCAAGCCGGCAUCCCCCCCUACGCUCAUCCCGGCGCCGCCAUGCCCGGGGAGAAGAUGCUCACUCCCAGCGGGUUUGAGGCUCACCACCCGGCCAUGCUCGGCAGACACACGGAGCAGCAGCAGCACAUGAGCUCCUCGGCGGGCAUGGUACAGAUCAACGGCCUCCAUCACCACCACCACCACCACCACCCGCACGCGCACGUCGGCGCGCAGGGGCACGGCCAGGGGCUGCAGGAGAACAGCCGGGAGCAGGCCUCCGGGCCGGGGCAGCAAGGGGGCGGCGAUGGAGGUGGAGGAGGGGGCGGUGGCGGUGUUUCUGGGGGCCAGAUGGAGGAGGUGAAUACCAAAGAGGUGGCGCAGAGGAUCACCACCGAGCUGAAGCGCUACAGCAUCCCUCAGGCCAUCUUUGCCCAGCGGGUCCUGUGCAGGUCCCAGGGGACCCUGUCCGACCUGCUGAGGAACCCCAAACCCUGGUCCAAGCUCAAGUCCGGCAGAGAGACCUUCCGCCGGAUGUGGAAGUGGCUGCAGGAGCCUGAGUUCCAACGCAUGAGCUCACUCAGGCUCGCAGGUGAGCGAAGCCUCGCAUGCAAGCGUAAGGAGCAGGACCACGGCCGCAGUGAGCGGGGCAGCGCGUCCAAGAAGCCGCGCCUGGUGUUCACCGACGUGCAGCGGCGGACGCUCCACGCCAUCUUCAAGGAGAACAAGCGUCCGUCCAAAGAGCUGCAGAUCACCAUCGCCCAGCAGCUGGGCCUGGAGCUGACCACGGUCAGCAACUUCUUCAUGAACGCACGCCGCCGCAGCUUCGACAAGUGGGUGGACGACGGCUCCGGCGGCCACCACCUGGCCAACGCCUGCACCAAAGCCUGAGGGACGGACGGAUCGGGACCAAAAACUCUUGAACUUGACUCGGUGGAAAAGCUUUAAAAAGAAAAAAAACUUCAAAGAGAAACUUUAGAGAGGAAAAAACUCAAAAAGACUAUGAAAGCAACGUUUUGCCCUUAAACCUGUACUAUAUCGAUAUUUAUAGUAUCCAAAGAUGAAGAAAAAAACCCAAACCAAAGACUUCUCGUUUGACCUGCUUUGAAAAGUUUGUUUUCAGCAACACAUUUUUUAAGUGUAACAUUAACUGCAAAAAGACUAUAGUUUUAAGCCCCUCCCCCCUUCACACAUACUCACUGGUCUCUA